CGUCUUUGGAGAAGCAAAUUCUGACAGAUUUAGUUUAGCAGUGAAUUACAUAAAAGUACGAGUUCGGGAAAAAUAUUCGUAUUUUUGUGCAAAUAAUUCGGAUAUCGUCCAAGGGAUGGCAUCUUUAUUGCGAUCUCUUUCCGUUGUCGCACGGCAUGGCUUGACCCGUCCUGCUACUGUUCCAGCAAUUAUACGAUACAAAUCGGAAGCAGCUCCUGAAUCAAGACCAACGGUUCGUAAGCCGGACAUGGUUGCCCGUGCCGAUUUAUCCGACUUUGGAAAAUACGUGGCCGAGUGUCUCCCAAAGUAUGUUCAGAAGGUUCAACUGACGGCCGGUGAUGAGCUGGAGGUGCUGAUUGCUCCAGAAGGAGUUGUCCCGGUGCUUCAGUUCCUCAAGGACCACCAUCAGGCACAGUUUGCCAAUCUAGUUGAUAUCGCCGGAAUGGAUGUUCCAAGCCGUCAAUACCGCUUCGAGGUCAUUUACAACAUUCUGUCGUUGCGCUACAACUCACGCAUCCGCGUCAAAACCUAUACGGACGAAUUGACACCGAUCGAUUCCUGCAACGAAGUGUUCAAAGCGGCCAAUUGGUACGAACGCGAGAUCUGGGAUAUGUAUGGGGUGUUCUUUGCCAACCAUCCGGAUCUGCGUCGCAUUCUCACCGAUUACGGUUUCGAGGGUCACCCGCAGCGUCGCGAUUUUCCACUGACAGGAUACGUAGAACUGCGUUACGACGACGAGAAGAAACGUGUCGUUUGUGAACCGCUCGAGCUGGCCCAGGAGUUUCGCAAGUUUGAUCUUUCGGCGCCGUGGGAACAGUUCCCGAACUUCCGUAAUGCAAACCCGGCCACCGAGGAGGUGCAGACUAAACCAGAGGAGAAGAAGUAAACAUUUUGCUAUAGCUCGACGGGCGAGCGACUUGUAGAUACAGGUUGAAAAAAUAAUAAUCAAAAGACAAACUAUUGUUUAUCUUUGAUGACCUUUAAA